ACAAAGCACCCAGAACGCCUCUAAUGGCCUGACCACCGCAUUUAAAGCCCGCCCACGCUCUACUCACAUCACGCGCUUGCGCGCAUAGAGUUCAUGCACUGUCAGGAUCCACUCACAACUUCACACUCCCAACACAAGAGGCCUUCACCGCCACCAAGCACCGACUAUGGCUCUGUUAACGGUCCAUCCCGUAUAAGUCCUUGCUUUUCUGUCAAAAUUUGGUUUGGGAGAUGACCCCUGAAUUUACAAUGGCAGAACAAGAGGAAGAAGAAGAUAAUGAGACAAAGAAUCUUGUGUCUUCAUAUAUUGGAAUUGGCUUCUCACUGUUUCUGGCCUUUCUUCCGAAGAAUUUACUCCCUCUCUUUCACAAACUUGGGUCUCAGCUUAAGGAGCUCUCUGCGAAGCUCUUCCAAGCGGAAGAGCAGUUGAAGCAAAUGAAGUCGAGAAGGCAAGAAGACUCCAAGGCCAACGCGAGGGUCGUCGAGAUUUUCGCCAGCCACCGCAACACGUGGCAGGUUGAGGAGAAGCGAUUGCUUCACCAGAUUGAUACAUUUACAGAGGAAAUCGCGCAUUUGAGAGCUAGGGUUGCAGAAUUCGAGAAAUACAAGGUCGAAUGGAAGACCAGGAUCGGGGAUUUGCAGAGGGAUGUGAGACAGAAGGAGAAAAUGCUUAACUUGAUAUCAAGAAGGGAACAAGAAGAGGAUGAGGAUUCAGGUGCGUGCGAGAGCAGGGACUAUGGUGGAGGCGCAGAGAAAGUGGAGGUUAUUUAUGAACAGAAUCAGAAAUAUCAGAGGCAAGAGACAAACUUUGAGUUUGUAGCCUCUGCUUCAAAGUACUCGGCAGAAAGAGACGCCCUUUGGCAGGGUGUACCGUACGAAUCCCCUGAAUCAACAUAUGAUAUGACGCAUGGCGUUGCGAGAAGGGAACCUCCUUGGAAGGUUGAUGGUGGUUCAGCUGGAGUUUACUCUAAACUCAAAUUACUAGAGAGGGGACUAUUGAAUCUGGAAAAGACUGGUAAAAGUGAUCUUUCAAAAGUGCCAUCCUUGAUAAGGAAACAGGCAAUGAGAUAUCGAGCUCUUGCAGAAAAAAUUGACGAAUUAUGCGGAAGAAUACAGCAGGCAAGCAAUCCUUGUGAAACUGCACUGAGUUCAGAAUUUCAAACGCAAAAACAAACGGAGUUUUUACUUGAGGCAUUCCGGCUGCAACAGCAGGCAUCCGAAACAGGGCAAAAUCUGAUGGCUCUGCAAACUGAAACUGGGAAGAGUUAUGACACAGUGGCCGCAAGAAGGGCCAUGGAUUCAAGUAGGAACAACAUGAAAGAGAUCCAGAGGAAUUUGGAGAUAUGGCUGGCCAGAAUUAUUGGAGAUCUUGAAGGGAUUCUGGCAAGGGAUGGUGCUGCUGGUGUAAGAGAGUAUUACGUUUCUAGAUAUCCUUUUAUUCAAUAGAAUCCCAAAGUAUUAUGGCUAUAAAGGAUUUAAUGUCCAUGGUGGAGUAAUGCUUUCUCUUUCCCCACUGUAUCCUUCUAUUA